AUGCACGCUCCUCCAUAUUUGCCUGAAGCUAAUGGAGAAGAAGAAAGGCAAAAUAGGUCAUUGUUAAAGAAAUUAAAAAUUGCAAAGAGAUUAAAUUUGGACUGGAAGGAUGAUCUAUAUAAAUAUCUCUUCGAUUAUAGAACGAUCCCUCAUAACUCAACUGCAGUUUCACCGGCUGAAAUAUUCUUUAGUGGAUAUUCAAGGACCGAAAUUCCUCAAAAUGAAAAUAAAAAUUCUUUAUUGGAUGAAGAGUUGAGAGACAAUGAUAGAUGGGAGAAAGAAAAAGGAAAAGAGUAUCAGACGAAGCUAAGGAAGGCAGUUUUAAGUUCAGUCCAAAAAGAAGAAGUAAAAGGCUUGCUAGUGAAGGCAAAGGCUGAAAUGGGUUCUCGAAUCACAAGAAAUAGUAGUUUCUUUAAGACAAGGGAAGAAGAAUCACAGUCGAACAAUAUGGAAUCAGAGAGGACACAAGAAGAAAGAUAUGAGUUUGGUGGGGAGGCAUCUGUCGCAACUUAA